AAGUGACAUCUUGCUUAUUACUCUGCAUGUGAUCACUGAUUGGCCAAUCAGUGAUCACAUGAUCAGGACCUCGUACAGAGGUCCCGUCCGACUAUCGGUGUUCCAUUGUGUUAGGAGGACACAGCGGGCACCGGAUCGCGGUGCUGCACGCUCCCAGGGAGCGCGCACAAGCAAGGUCAAAGUGAAGCGAAAGCCAGAAGUUUGUUUUGCUUUGAAUGGAGUAGGAAAUUGCUAAAAGUUUUUUUUCUUGUUUUUUUUUUUUUUUGCCUUUUGGGGAA